AUGUCGGCUUCGGAUCUCGUUUCCGCACUGAACUUCCUCAUAAAGUUGGGAUAUGAAAUUCAGACCCGACUCGGCUCGCUCAACCAAGCUGCUGAGGACCUUCGACUACUAAAUACCAGCCUUACGCUGUUGUUGAAGGUAUUUGAGAAUCCCGUGAACGAGGACAUCAUUAAGACCCAGGUUUCCGAUUUCAUUCAUAUCUUGGAUAUCCUGCAAAGCAUCGCCGUUUCGUGCGCAAAAUGCGCCAAGGCCCUGGAUAUCGACCUUGCUGGAGCGGCUGCGACUAAGAGGGCGGAGACUCAUGCCAGGAGAUUUAUCAAGCGAAUAUGGGCUCUGAACAGGAUUCCUGACAUUCUUGUUGAAAUUCAGCGCAAGGCUGCACAACUUCAGCAGGUAUGCAACGCAGUAUCUACUGUGAUUGUCAGCGACAUCAGAACGCAACAGGGACGGACGAGUGGGAAGGAAACUGUUGAAUCCACCUCUGUCGUAAAAAAUCCACCUCUACACGAAAACAUGAACAUCAGCGUGGAUUUUGCUAGCAUCGACCAGAUGGUGGGAAACCUGAUGAAAGAAUGCAGACACCUUCGGCAACGACUCCAAGAGGCUACUCUAUUUCCCGACACGUCGGCUAUUCAAUAUUAUCAAUCACAAAACCCGGAAGCAGCGUCGUUUUGGAAGGAUCGAUUCCAAAACGAAGCACUCAACGCCUCCGCACUUCGAUACGAGAUGUUAUACGUUUCUUGGGCACGCUUCGUACAUGAGGUAGAAACAUCGUUUGUUCUCAAAAGGAUACCGACUGGGAACUUUUACCCCGGAGACGUCGACAUCGCUCGCCAGCGAGGAUCUCGCUACCUCAUCGAUCAGAGUGGCACGCGUCGUCUGUCCAUUAUCCGGCCUCUCUGGCUUCCGUCUCUUCGGUCUGCUCUCGACCCCUUGCACAAGGGUUACGUCAAGCCUCGGGACUAUUUCACUCUUCUUCGCGACUCUUCAUUGUCCGACACGCUUAGAAGAUUGGCCCUUGAAACCACAGGCUACGGGACACUUGUCGAAUGCGAAAGGGCAUCUGGGGAUCUUGCCUUGCCGGCAACAAUCGAGUCCCCUUCUGAUCACGUCGGCUGGAUCUCUGCUCAAAUCGUGGCCGUUCCAACGCACGAUGAACUUGGAAUCGUUACCGAACGAGAGGUUAUGAAAUCAAGCGGCGAUGACCUCUGCGCUCAAUUGAAUGAUACUACUCCAGACGUUCAUAUUUACGUACGCUACCUUCAGACAGGUCAAAUCGAGCGUAAGAGUCUCUCGAAGCAAGUUCGUCCGAUCGGAGGCAUUUCUAUCGGCGCCCCACUGUCUAUCCGGUAUCCUCUGGAAUCGGGUGGCCAUGCCUGGAGCGGCGACCUUCACAUAACCGAGUUCAAGGCAUGUUACGGGGGGCAGUAUAUCAUUACGGUGGGUGUCGGUCCGACUGCUAUUGUGUUUUCCACGAGGCCGCUCAAAAAUUCCUUCGAUAAUAUGUUAGGCGGUGAUGACAGCUUCUCAAAUUCUAUUAUGCCGGAGUUUGACUGUACGCUCUUGGGGCCGUCGAAGGUAUUCGCUGACCCACCAAAAGUUGGCGAAAAGGUUCAAAUCGAGUACGACGGACUUUGGUACGACUCUAGAGUCACAGUAGUGGACGGUGAUGAGAUAGAGUAUAUCGAUUGGGACCCAGUCCCGACCGAUACUACAGAAGCUCGAGACGAUAGUACAGAGGAUGAGAGUGACAGCGGCAGCUUUUUCUUUCCCGAAGAGCAGCUGACACAACUCGGAAAGGGUAGGCGGCGGCUGUGGCGACCAUGGCGGAGAAACAUCAUGAAGUACAACGUUCGACCUUAUCGUUGCUUCCAUAUCGGCGACUCCGUCGAGGCACCCGUCAUGUAUCCGGAUUUCCGAUUCCAUUACCAUGUUACCGACCACUCGCAGCUCUACCUUCCUGCUCGAAUCGUGGGCGUCCAGGGUGACCAAUAUGUGAUUGAAUUCAGUCCUUUGCUUACAGUUCAUGGGUGGUGGCCAGGUAGGAUGCCUCAGGGUAAGCAAGUAGACAUAGUGCCAGGAUCAGGUGUUAAGGUGGAAAACCCGUUCGACUUUAAUCGCGUGACGUUGGGCAUGGAUCUGGUGCGUCCUUUCUCUAUGGGGCCACGACCGGCUCUAGGUAUUCAGUCAGCGAGGCCAUCUGGGUGGAGUUCAUUCCAGGGUGUUCAUCUUUCUGGUCUUGAGGAUCUUUUGGAGCGAAGCCUUUGGCACAACGACCGCGACAGUCAGCGAACCGGUGGCCAGAAGGAUGGGAACCCAUUCGAAUGA